AUGGCUCAGCCAAAAAAGGGAGGUAACAUGACGAGGGACUAUGAUGCUGAAAGAGAUAAAAUUAAAUCUUUCCUUGGAGAGUUUUACCUUGAUGGACCAGAUGGAUCGGGCAAGGAUUUCAAAUAUGCAGCGCAACUGAUCAAAAUUGCACAUAGGGAACAGGUGGCUCUUGAAAUAGAUUUAGAUGAUAUCGCAGAACACGACCCUGAGCUGGCUGAAGCAAUUAUUGAGAACACAAGAAGAUACACUGCUUUAUUUGCUGACUGUGUACAGGAACUUCUACCCGAUUACAAAGAAAAGGAGAUCUCAUUCAAAGAUUCCCUAGAUGUCUACAUUGAGCACAGGAGUCUCAUGGAACAAAGGCGCGGCCAGGAAAAAGAAGUUACAAGGGAUCCUAAAAAUCAAAUACCAAAGGAGCUUAUGCGCAGAUAUGAAGUAUAUUUCAAAGCCCAAAAUGACACAAAGCCAUUGGCAAUACGUCAAGUGAAAGCUUCCUCUAUUGGAAAACUUGUCGUUGUCAAGGGAAUCGUUACUAGGGCAACAGAAGUGAAGCCAAUGAUGACUGUUGCUACGUACACAUGCGACCAAUGUGGCUGUGAAACUUAUCAACCCAUCAGCGCUCCGACAUUUAUGCCACAAGUGAUGUGCUCUAGUUCAGACUGUUCCACCAACCGCGCAGGGGGAAGAUUAUAUCUACAAUCGCGGGGUUCGAAAAUGGUCAAAUUCCAAGAAAUUAAGAUGCAGGAACAUAGCGACCAAGUGCCUGUAGGUAAUAUCCCACGUAGUAUAACAGUCCUUAGUCGGGGAGAGACCACACGUAAAGCGCAACCAGGCGAUCAUGUCAGCGUUACGGGCGUCUUCCUCCCAAUGAUGAAACAGGGCUACAGUGGUAUUGCACAAGGACUUCUUUCGGAAACUUAUAUAGAGGCAAAUAGAAUUGUAAAGAUGAACAAAACAGAAGAUGAUGAGCUCGGAAUGGAAGAACUUACAGAGGAAGAAAUCAGACAAAUAGCAGAGGAUGAUUUCUAUGACAAACUUUCAUCCAGCAUUGCACCAGAGAUUUAUGGCAUGGAGGAUGUCAAGAAAGCCCUGCUUCUGUUGUUAGUGGGAGGGGUCGACAAGUCACCCAGAGGCAUGAAAAUAAGAGGUAAUAUCAACAUUUGCCUAAUGGGAGAUCCCGGAGUUGCCAAGUCUCAAUUACUGUCGUAUAUUGACCGCCUGGCCCCUAGAUCCCAGUACACUACAGGGAGGGGGUCCUCAGGGGUGGGUCUGACAGCUGCCGUUAUGAAAGAUAAUCUCACUGGGGAGAUGGUGCUUGAAGGUGGCGCCCUGGUUCUCGCUGAUGGAGGUGUUUGUUGCAUUGAUGAGUUUGACAAAAUGAUGGACGCUGACAGAACAGCCAUUCAUGAGGUUAUGGAGCAGCAGACCAUAUCUAUUGCCAAGGCUGGUAUAAUGACAAGUCUGAAUGCCCGAGUGUCCAUCCUCGCAGCUGCUAAUCCUGCAUAUGGUAGAUACAACCCAAAGAAGUCAAUAGAACACAACAUACAGCUACCAGCAGCUCUUUUGUCAAGAUUUGAUCUGCUCUGGCUUAUACAAGAUAAAGCUGACAGGGAUAAUGACCUCAGGUUAGCCCAGCAUAUCACCUAUGUCCACCAACACAAUGUACAACCUCCUAUGCAGUUUGAUCCCAUCGAUAUGAAACUUAUGAGGCGAUACAUUGCCCUAUGUAAAAAGAAGAUGCCAACGAUUCCUGAGAAUUUAACGGACUAUAUAACUGGAGCGUAUGUAGAAAUGCGUAAAGAGGCCAGGAACAGUAAAGAAAGCACAUUUACAUCAGCUCGUAAUCUUCUGGGAAUUCUACGUUUAUCAACUGCCCUGGCCAGAUUACGUCUUGGGGAUUCUGUUGAAAAGGAGGACGUAAAUGAGUCCAUCAGGUUAUUAGAGAUGUCUAAGGAUUCCCUCACACCAUCAACUGAUGGCACAAAUAGAGUACAAAGCAGUAUGGACCAGAUCUUCUCAGUUAUACGAGAAAUGUUAUCAUCAGCCGGGUCAAAAACUCUCAAAAUGGCCGACAUCAGCGAACAUUGUGUCUCAAAGGGUUUCAAACCAAACCAGAUUGAAGAAUGUAUAGAUGAAUAUGAAAACUUGAAUGUUUUCCAAGUGAAUACAGCACGCACCAAGCUCACUAUGGUUCAGUAGAGGAGAUGGGGGAGAAUUCAGGGGUCUCCCCAAGAUAAGACCAUGUGGGU